UGUUAAAAUUUCUAGAAAAAAUAAAUAAAAAUUAUGGGUUUUACUAGAACUAUUUGAGUUUUUCAUUCUUUUGAACUGAAUUUUCAUUUUUAUCUGAUCAAUGGUGAUGGGUUCUUAGUUUGCUGAAUUGGGUUGUAUGCUUGAACUUGAAAGCUUCCUUUUUUUUUUUUUUUUUCCAUUCCUGGUUUGGGGUAGCAACUAGUUGUGAAAGUUGAGACCCAGUGAUAGAAAUGAGUAUAAGGUUUUGAUAGUUGUGAUUUUUUAAAGCUUUUGGCUGAUGUACAGAUGUUGCAUAUAUGGGUUGGUUUUGGAUUAGUUCUUCUGUUAAAAAGUUUGGAUUUUUAUUUGAGAUGGGGUCGUAAAGUUGUUACAAGAUGGGAUUGUUUUUAAAUUCUUUUUCCUGGGAUCUGGUUUGGGAGCUUGCGUGACUAGAUUUAGUUUGAUAUGCAUCAAUUCGAUGGCUAUGUAGGAUUGACUGCCUCCUUUUUUUUUUUUUUCUUUUUUGAUUCUGGAACUUCACGUUCUUGUAUCUUGCACCAUCUUAGAUUUGAUGGAAAAGGGGUCUUAUCUUUUAGCUCUGAUUCUUUUUCCUCUCCAUUCUUUAAAUCUAUUGGUUCUUUGGUUUAAUAUAUUGUGCUAUUUUCUUGAAAUAGGAUGUUGCGUGGAACUUUUGAUAUCCGUGUUUUUAACUCUUUCAGACCGUAUAGCUCAUACUUUUUUGUUAAACAGAUUCUUGAAUUAGUAUGAUUUCUUCGAAGUCAGAUUUAUUUAUGAUUCUCUGAAGCUAUAAGCUUUCUUCGACUCUUUGAAGCUUUAUAUCUCAUUGCAUAACUCUUUUCUGUAAAUGGAUGCCAAGUGAUACUUCGUUAGCUGUUUUGAGAUAUUGCACAGUAUGUUUCUUUUUUUAAUGUUCUUGGAAGUGGUGCAUCGCUUGAGGCUUUUCCAUUUUUUAUGGUUUUCUUUUGCUCUUUCAAGCUGCAUCUCAGCCUGUUUUAUAUACUAUGGAAUUUUUAGUUCCUUUUACUGCAGUUUAUGUUUAUGAUUGUUAGAACUUAUUUCUUAACAUACUUUAAUUUUGGAUUGAAAUGCAAGCAUGCUAAUUUCUGCUCCUUGUCUACUUGUUGGGAUCUCAAUGUCAAGAAACAAUCUAGAGACAAGAUAAAAGAUCAAAGCCUGCUCCAUCCGGUCAUUUGUUGCCAUUACAUACAAGAUUGUCAGGAAUGGGGUCUCAUUUGAACUUCAGGAACUUUGGUAAUGCCUCUUAUGGGGAAGGCAGUGGUGCAAAGCCAUCAGGGAUUUCCCCAUUGGCACGUCAGGGUUCAAUAUACUCACUGACUUUUGAUGAGUUCCAGAACACCUGGGGAGGAGGACUUGGGAAGGAUUUAGGAUCAAUGAAUAUGGACGAGCUACUGAAAAACAUAUGGACUGCUGAAGAGACUCAGGCAAUGACAAAUUCAGUUGUUGGUGUAGAUGGAAGUGCCCCGGGUGGGAAUUUGCAGAGACAAGGAUCUUUAACUUUGCCUAGGACGCUUAGUCAGAAGACUGUUGAUGAGGUCUGGAAAGACUUGGUUAAAGAAAGCAGUGGUGUUAAAGAUAGGAGCAACGUGGGAGCUAAUUUACCUCAGAGGCAACAGACUUUAGGUGAGAUGACUUUGGAGGAGUUCUUGGCCAAGGCAGGGGUAGUGAGAGAGGAUACUCAGCUAAUAGGAAGACCAAAUAAUGGUGGAUUCUUUGAUGAAUUAUCAAGACUAAAAAAUGCUAAUAACAAUAACAGUGGUUUACCUCUUGAGUUUCAGCAGCCAAAUCGAAAUAAUGCGCUAAUGGGAUCACAGCUAGUGGAAACCAAUAACAACUUAGUUGCUGCUCAGCCACUGAGUGCAGGUGGAAUCAGAUCCUCUCAGCCACUACCUCAGCAGCACCAGAUGCACCUGAACCAGCCCCAGCCCCAGCAGCAGCAGGCACUCUUCCCCAAGUCUGCAAAUGUGGCAUUUGCAUCCCCUGUGCAAUUAGUGAAUAAUGCUCAGCUUGCCAGCCCAGGAGCGAGGGGUUCAGCUGUUGGGAUUGCAGAUCCAUCUUUAAACAAUAAUUUAGUUCAUGGAGGAGGAAUUGGCAUUGUUGGUUUAGGAACUAGGGAUGUUAAAGUUGCAACAGGAUCUCCUGCUAACCAGAUAUCACCAGAUAUGAUGGCAAAAAGUGGUACAGAUACGCCUUUGCUAUCACCAGUUCCUAACAUGUUUGGCCGGGGAAGAAAAGCCAGUGCAGCUUUGGAAAAGGUAAUUGAGAGAAGACACCGGAGGAUGAUUAAAAAUCGAGAGUCAGCAGCAAGGUCACGAGCUCGGAAGCAGGCCUAUACAUUGGAGCUAGAAGCAGAAGUUGCAAAACUUAAAGAAAUGAAUCAAGAAUUGCAGAGAAAGCAAGCUGAAUUUAUGGAAAAGCAGAAAAAUGAGUUUUUAGAGACGAUAAAUCGGCAGUGGGGAUUGAAGAGGCCAUGCUUGCAGAGGACACUGACAGGUCCUUGGUAGGGUUGACAUACUGACAGUGGAUAGUAGCUGGAGUUGAAAAGGCAAUCCUGGCCAUUCUCGUUGUGUAGGGAUUGGAGGGUGCAGCUUGAUAUGCAUCUUCUUAUACUUUGAAGGAUAGGUAGCAGUAUGUAUAGGAACAGAGCAUUGAGUUGUAAAUUAUGACUUGAAAUUAGUAUUAUACUGUAGAUUUUCAUCUACCUUCUUAGUGUGAUCCUUAUCCUUUCUCGAUUUGUUUGUAAAAGGUGCAUGUAGUAGUAUAGUAAAAAAUUUAGUGUUGUACUGUCGGUUAAACUUUAACUGUCAUAAGCAAGUCUUAUUGGUGAACA